CACGCGCAGUCUGUGCCCACCGCCAGUGGUAGAAAUAACCCUCGGGCCUCACUCGUCUUCGCGUACCGCACCGUGUACAACACGCGCGUUCUGCAGGUUCGGUUAGCUUCUGCUCGGCGUCCGCGGUGUAUACACGCAAAAACCGUCGCCACGGUCAUCCGUCMGUCCACUCGUGAGACAUAAUAUUGCAACACACUCGCKAUGUUUACAAUCGUAUUAUAAAAAUAUUGUAUCACACGCACACAAUAAGUUAUUGUAUUUUUAAAGGYCUGCUUUGCGAUGCGAGUAAAUCGUUUUCGUUGUCGGCGUUAACUGUUGCUCGGCGCUCGAAACAACUACCUGUUGGACAUACGUACGUGGAUGCCGCUUCCGUCCUCCGCCGGUUUCCUGCGCGAUUCGUAUAAUUUUCGUAUUAUGUAAAUCGCCGAUCCCGAUGACGCGUACACCGAUUUCCGGUCGUUCACGCCGCCGUCGGCCGUGCGGAGGUCCUUCGUCGCGACUGUUUUAGAGUCGUUUUGGUCGCCGUCGCCGCUCUCCCAGUUCCGUCGUGGGAGCGUCCAAACCGUGGCGGACGACCGUCUCCGCGGUGUUGUACACCUGGCGUACCGAGGACAACAGUCACACGGAAGUGCACGAUAAACGGAUGGACGUCGGACCGGAUGCCGUGGCGGCGGCGGCGACCACACCGGAAACGAUGAUGACGUACCGGUCGCGACCGAAAGAGUUCCCGAGCCGCGGUGAGCACCAGUGAUGGCCAGCUCAGGCAUGCACGCCGCACUGUACAUACGAGAGAGGCAAAAGAUCCGUGUGAAGAGGAUCCGUAGGGAUAGGUUCCAAUUGCCCAGUCACGUGGCCACCAAGAACAUCGCCCCGUUCCCGGAGUUCCCACCUACCACGUGGAAUAAGACAGCUGCAUCGGUGGCUUGGCCUGGACCAGUCGGUCCUUCUCCAGACAGCGAUGGCACGGCACAGGAUGGUUCAAUACUCAUACACCUGCCGGCUGACCCACAUAGAAAAUGGACGAAAAAAAAUAAGAUCCACGACGCCCUGUCGUUCGGAGGUGGUGACGAUGGCGACGACCGGAGGCUAUACGAGCUGCAGCAGGGCGCGGCGGCCAACACGCUACUGUACGUGGGUCUGUGCUCCGUGGCGCUUGGUCUGAUCAUCGCGUUCGUGGGCACCGGCGAGAAGGGCUUCAAGACGGUUCAGCUCCGGUUCAUCGGGCCCGGCAUGAUCGCCAUCGGCGUGUGCUGUUGCGCCGUCCGCAUUAUGCUGUGCUUCUGUCCGCCGACGUUCUGCUUCAAGCGUCGCCGGCACAAGGGCGGCGGUACUUCCGACAAAAUGGCCGAGUUCUACAAGUACAUGCCGUUCCGGAACCAUCCGAUUGCCGCCAACGCGGCCGCUGCCGAACCGCUCACCGGAGUCGUCGUCGAGUCCGUGCCGAUGACGGUUUUAAAACCRGCGCUAAAACGCGUGUCCAUGGCCGCCGACCAGCAACCGCAAAUCGUCUGUCAACAAGCGAAAAGGAUGCCUAAGGCCACUCCAGAAGCCAGUCUGGACAGCAGCAUGGAACACCUGAUCGAACAGGACGACCAUCUGUACACGAAAGACGAGGUGAGCUCGAACAAAAAUCUCUCCAGCCUCAAGUCAACGUUGACAUUCGAGGACUCGUUAAACGUGGCCACCAAAAUGAUGGUCAAAUCGUUCGAGGAACUGAACAACACGUCUUCCAUGCCCGGCGGAGAUUCCUGCACCGAUCAACACCGACAGGAGCUGGUGCUGAGCGCCGUGGACCUGACAAAGUAGAUUUGCGCGACGACCCGCACAGUAUAAUACCCAUAAUAUACCACACAUGCCGUUAUAGUAUAUACCUAAUAUAAACAAUUAUUGUUGUAUAUUCAAACGAAUUUGGCUGUGACGAAUAAUCCUAUACAUAUACUUAUAUUAUAUACAUAUUGUGUGUGUAAAUUAAAAAGAUAUUUAUUAGGGUAGCAGAAUCAUAUAUAGACGACGGCAUUGUGAUUGCAUGGUGGCAUAGGGAUACGAUUGCCCCUAAAUAUAGUCUGAUUCGAGGGGGAAAUACAAUGACUUUCCCCCUCUCCCGACGCCAGAAAACAGGGUGUGAGAUGACAAGAGAAAAAUUAAUAGUUCUUGAGUGUAAUGGCCUAUGCAAUUUUGUUUAAUCAAUUCGGUUUUUUCAAUUUGCAUUCCUAUUAUAGGUAUAUAAUCCUAUUAAUAAAAUAUUUUAUUCCUGCAUCCUUCGGUAUAUUUCCCUAUAGUACCGCCUACAGGUAGUGGUAGUAUACUAGGGAACGCAGAUAGAUUGAUUUUUAUAUAUUAUUUUAUAUUAUGAAUUAAUUAUUAAUUUAAUUUAAGAAACUCGACUAUACGAMGCGUAUAUAGGUACAUAAGUAAUAUACCUAAAAACAAGAUAAUGGAAGCAAUUUUAGUUUUUAUCGACUGUCGUAAUCCGUGUAUAAUGUAUAUACCUAGAUGUACAGCUUAUCAGUUGUAUUAUGGAGAUGCAGAUAGUUAUAAUAUUAGUAUUGUAUAAUAAACAAAGGUUCUACCACCAACGUUUUGAUGAUAACGAAAAAAAUAUACCAAUAUAAUAUUAUAUUAUAGAUUCGUGUCAGUUUAUAGAAGAUAUGUAUACAGUGUAUUCAGUGUAAAUAUUUACAAUACCCACAAUGUACUAAUGCCCUAUAUUCUAUGAUAAUAUAUCAUAUCUAUAUAAUUAUAUAUAUUAUAUACACCAUCAUAUUAUGUGUAUUAUAUACGAUGUAGAUUAUACUACUAUAAAAUAUGAACCUACCUAAUGCGCUUGGUGUAAAUACAUUUGGCUAGAAUAUCGCAUUAUACAUUUCACUUUUUAAAUAAAACUGCCAAUUUAUAUACCUAUACAUUAUAUUAUAAUUAUUUAUGUGCAUAUUGUGUAUAAUAUACCUAAAUAACACUUGUUAGUACUAAAUCAUAUGUUAUAUAAUAUACAAUUAUUAUUAUACCUAUGGUGUAGGACUACGUAGCUCGUAGGUACUAACAAUAAAUCGGACACGGCAAUUAUUAUUGUUUAAUUGUUAUAUAUAUUAUUAGGUACCUAUAUAGGUAUAUUAUAUACAUUUUCGUUUAUA